AUCCAAAGGACAUUGAGCCGGAAAUUAUUCGUCACAUGAAAGCCUUAGAACCUAGUCACCAAGUUUUGGCAACGGCGGAUUUGAAACUUGAAGAAAUUAAGCAAGGGCAAAGUAAUAUUAAUAGCGCAAGUUAUUCCUUAGGCGCAGCCGGUUUAAGCACAAAUAGAAGUCCUGCGCAUUGUAAGCUGCCAAAAUUAGCAUUACCAGAGUUUACGGGGGAACCCUUAGAUUGGCAGGGGUUCUGGGAUCAGUAUCAAGUGUCGAUCCACAGUAAUAUAAACAUAAGUGAUAUUGAUAAAUUCAAUUAUUUAAAAGGUUGUGUGAACGGGGAAGCCCUUUCGGCUAUAUCAGGGUUGACUUUAACUUCAGAUAAUUAUCACGAGGCAGUUCAGGUUUUAAAGGAUAGAUUUGGGAAUGAGCAG